AUGGACGACUUUGAGACAAGCCCCACCCUCCCUCACCCACCUCUCACCCACCUCUCCUCACCCACCUCCUCACCCCCAGCCCCUCCCUCCCUCAGCCACCUCUCCCUCACCCACCUCUCCCUCAGCCCCACCCUCCCUCACCCACCUCUCCCUCAGCCCCCCCCUCCCUCACCCACCUCUCCCUCAGCCCCCUCCCUCCCUCAGCCCCUCCCUCCCUCAGCCCCUCCCUCCCUCAGCCACCUCUCCCUCAGCCCCUCCCUCCCUCAGCCCCUCCCUCCCUCACCCACCUCUCCCUCAGCCCCUCCCUCCCUCAGCCCCUCCCUCCCUCAGCCACCUCUCCCUCAGCCCCUCCCUCCCUCAGCCCCUCCCUCCCUCACCCACCUCUCCCUCAGCCCCUCCCUCCCUCAGCCCCCUCCCUCCCUCAGCCCCUCCCUCCCUCACCCACCUCUCCCUCAGCCCCUCCCUCCCUCAGCCCCUCCCUCCCUCACCCACUGCUCUCGACACACGCCUCCUCUAAACAAAUGUGCUUGUGCCUCCAGGCGUUUGUGGUGA